GCUACCGCCGCCGCCACCGCUAUUGCUGCUGUUGCUGUGUAUGUCUGUCCCUCUCUUUCUCUCUUUCACUCGCCAUGUUGUUGUGAGUCUCCCUCACGGCGGCGGCGGUGGUGGAGGAGGAGGAGGGGGAGGGGCGGCGGCGGCGGUGGUGGUGGAGGAGGAGGAGGAGGCGGAGGAGGAGGAGGAGGAGGCGACGGAGGAGGGUAGGCGAGAGUGGCCGCGCGGGGCCAUUAUCGGCGCGAGCGCUGCAGGCGGAGGGAGCCCCCCUCCCCGAGUCCGUUACAGCCUGUCCGUUCUGUGGAUGAAAUGAAUCAUGAGUUUCAAGCUCUUGCACUAGAAUCUCGGGGAAUGGGAGAGCUGCUACCUGCCAAAAAAUUUUGGGAACCAGAUGAUCCAGCAAAGGAUGGACAAAAAGGCAUAUUUCUUGGUGAUGAAUGGAGAGAAACUGCCUGGGGAACACCACACCACUCUAUGUCUCAGCCUAUUAUGGUUCAGAGAAAACCUGUUUUUCAUGGAAACAGUGAAGUAAAUGCUGUCUUAUCGCCUCGAUCAGAGAGUGGUGGCCUCGGUGUGAGCAUGGUAGAAUAUGUACUAAGUUCUUCUCCAGCAGAUAAAUUGGAUUCACGGUUUAGGAAAGGAGCUUUUGGUACUAGAGAAGCAGAAGCAGAUGGACCUGAGAAAGGAGACCAGAAAGGCAAGGCUUCUCCAUUUGAAGAGGAAAAAAAUAGGGAUCUCAAACAAGGAGAUGAUGAUGAUGUUACUAAAAUAAAUGGCAGAGGUUUGCCAAAUGGAAUGGAUGCUGACUGCAAAGAUUUUAACAGUCGUACUCCUGGAAGCCGGCAAGCCUCCCCAACUGAAGUAGCUGAGCGCUUGGGACCUAAUCCAAGCACUGUGGAAGGACUGGCUUCCCUUCCUAAUCCUCCAACCCACAAGCCACUGGUGGAAGAAUUUUCAAACUCUGAGUCUCAGAAUUUGGAUGCUAUGGAACAAGUGGGUCUUGAUUCUCUGCAGUUUGAUUAUCCUGGAAAUCAGGUACAAAUGGACUCUUCAGGAGCUACUGUUGGACUCUUUGAUUACAAUUCACAGCAGCAGCUCUUUCAGAGGACUAAUCCUCUUGCUGUCCAGCAGUUAACAGCAGCUCAACAACAACAGUAUGCAUUGGCAGCAGCUCAGCAACCACAUAUAGGUGUAUUUUCGGCAGGCUUGGCUCCAGCUGCUUUUGUGCCAAAUCCUUACAUUAUCAGUACUGCUCCACCAGGUGCUGAUCCAUACACAGCAGCAGGAUUAGCUGCUGCAGCUACACUGGCAGGGCCAGCUGUAGUUCCUCCUCAGUAUUAUGGAGUUCCUUGGGGAGUGUAUCCAGCCAACUUAUUUCAGCAGCAAGCGGCAGCUGCAGCAAACAACACAGCCAACCAGCAGGCUGCAUCACAGGCACAACAAGGACAGCAGCAGGUUCUUCGUACUGGAGGAAGUCAGCGCCCUCUUACUCCCAAUCAGGGACAGCAAGGGCAGCAGGCAGAGUCACUUGCAGCAGCUGCGGCAGCAAAUCCAGCUUUGGCUUUUGGUCAGGGUCUUGCCACAGGCAUGCCAGGCUAUCAAGUACUUGCACCCACGGCCUAUUAUGAUCAGACAGGUGCCUUGGUGGUAGGUCCUGGGGCCAGAACGGGACUUGGAGCACCUGUCAGGUUGGUGGCUUCAGCGCCUGUUAUCAUCAGUUCUGCAGCUGCACAGGCUGCUGCAGCAGCUUCAGCUGGAGGAACAGCAAACAAUAUCACAGGAGCCACAAAUGGGCUUUUUCGUCCCCUUGGUGCCCAGCCACAACAGCAGCAGCAGCAGCAAGCAAACAGCAGUCUACAAUCUAAUUCAUUUUAUGGCAACAAUGCUUUGACCAAUAACUCCCAGAGCAGUUCACUUUUUUCACAUGGUCCUGGCCAACCAGGAAACACAUCUCUUGGCUUUGGAAGCAGCGGCUCCUUAGGAGCUGCUAUUGGGUCAGCUCUUGGUGGAUUUGGCUCAUCUGGGAGAAGAGUAUCCUUAAAACACACUUUUUAUGUUGGCAGUUCUGCAAGUAGUAGUGCCACAAGGAGAGAGUCUCUAUCUACUAGUUCUGACUUGUACAAAAGAUCUAGUAGCAGCCUAGCACCCAUAGGGCAGCCAUUUUACAAUAGUCUGGGAUUUUCCUCCUCUCCAAGCCCAAUAGGCAUGCCUCUGCCAAGCCAAACUCCAGGACAUUCACUUACGCCACCGCCAUCACUUUCAUCACAUGGAUCCUCAUCCAGUUUGCAUUUAGGAGGAUUAACCAAUGGUAGUGGUCGCUAUAUCUCUGCAGCACCUGGAGCAGAAGCAAAGUAUCGCAGUGCAGCAAGUACCUCCAGUCUCUUCAGCUCCAGCAGCCAAUUGUUUCCUCCCUCACGACUCCGUUACAGUAGAUCUGACAUUAUGCCUUCUGGGCGUAGUAGGUUGUUGGAGGAUUUUAGAAACAAUCGCUUCCCUAAUCUUCAGCUAAGAGACCUGGUUGGACACAUAGUUGAAUUUUCCCGAGACCAGCAUGGCUCUAGGUUUAUUCAGCAGAAACUAGAACGAGCUACUCCGGCAGAGCGUCAGAUGGUAUUUAGUGAAAUUCUGCAAGCUGCAUAUCAGCUGAUGACAGAUGUGUUUGGAAACUACGUGAUACAGAAGUUCUUUGAGUUUGGAAGUAUUGACCAGAAGCUAGCACUUGCAACUCGCAUUCGUGGGCAUGUUCUCCCAUUAGCUCUGCAGAUGUAUGGUUGUCGUGUCAUUCAGAAAGCAUUAGAGUCCAUCUCACCUGACCAGCAGGUAAUUAAUGAAAUGGUGAAGGAACUAGAUGGCCAUGUCUUGAAAUGUGUGAAAGAUCAAAAUGGAAACCACGUGGUUCAAAAGUGUAUUGAAUGUGUCCAGCCACAGUCACUCCAGUUUAUUAUUGAUGCUUUCAAAGGACAGGUGUUUGUCCUUUCAACUCAUCCUUAUGGGUGCAGAGUUAUUCAGCGUAUUUUGGAGCACUGCACUGCUGAACAGACUUUGCCCAUUUUAGAAGAACUUCAUCAACACACAGAACAACUUGUACAGGAUCAAUACGGAAACUAUGUCAUCCAGCAUGUGUUGGAACACGGUCGUCCUGAAGACAAGAGUAAAAUUGUUACUGAAAUUAGAGGAAAGGUUCUCACUCUGAGUCAGCAUAAGUUUGCCAGCAAUGUUGUCGAAAAGUGUGUAACUCAUGCAUCCCGUGCUGAAAGAGCUUUGCUUAUUGAUGAGGUGUGUUGCCAGAAUGAUGGUCCUCACAGUGCCUUAUACACCAUGAUGAAGGACCAGUAUGCAAAUUAUGUUGUUCAGAAGAUGAUUGACAUGGCUGAACCUGCUCAACGCAAGAUUAUAAUGCACAAGAUCCGGCCUCAUAUUACAACCUUGCGGAAAUACACCUAUGGCAAACACAUCCUUGCCAAACUGGAAAAGUAUUACCUGAAGAACAGUGCUGAUCUGGGGCCAGUUGGAGGACCACCAAAUGGAAUGCUUUGAAGACACAUUCAAGCAGCAAUCUAGAUGAUGAAUUUUAUUGUGAAUUAUCAAAACACGCAACUUAACUAAAAUGUUGUGAUUUUUUAAAAACCUAUUUAUUGACGUCAUCCAUUUGUAAAAAAAAGUAUUCAUGUGUAUAUUUAGGGGGAAUGAAUUUGCAACAUACGGCCAUUUCUUAUCAGAGACCUAUCAGGUUGCAUGGCUCACAAAGCACAGAAUGCCUGUAAAUGAUGUAACUAUCAGAAUUGUGCUCACAUUUUGUAAAUUUUUACUUGUAAAGUCACUGAAUAAAAAUAGUUUUUAAAGGGAAAAGUACAGUAUUCUUUUAAUAUACUGGCUUACAAUCUGGUAGGUCUACCCAUCUCCAUAGUGCAACAUGUUUAUAUAAUUGUAUAUAGAAUUAGUUUUCAUUCUCCCCAUUGUGUGGAAUCUUUUUGAUAACAUUUGAAAAUAGAGCAGUUGCAUACUUAUUAUUUAACAUGUUACAGAGAGUUAAGUUCUGUAUUUUGAUGGUUCACAAUUUUAUAAUCCAAAUAGCAUUCAGGGCACUGCAAAUACCAGUUGAGGAAUGAUCAAAUGUAAACACUGAGGAACAAUUUCUACCUUUCACGUCAGAAACAGUUUUUUACAACAUAGUACUCUUUUCUCUAGAGUGUAUAAAAGCUGUGUAUAUAUCAUUAAAUAUUUAAUUGAUAGAAGAAGGUAGGAGAAUAAAAUCAAAGUGGUACUUCAGUCCAGCAACAUACUGUCCAAGAAAAAAGUAAACCUACCUUAAAUGACUAGGCAGAUAGCUGGCAUAAGAUAUGUGUGUUUUUGCUUUGCAUAUACAAAUAUAAGACAAGUUGAACGUGUUGAGCAUAUAUGCUUUGUGUUCUCACAGUAGAUGAAACUGUAGGCAUUUAAUGGAAAAGGGCAAGGCCUACUUAAACUUGAUAGCUCAACAUCUAAAGCAUGAUUAAAUAUUCAAAUAGCUUUUUGCUUCCUUAUAAAUAUAGGCAUUGUAUAAGUAUAGUUAAUAGAUGUAAGUUUACCAUUUGUAAACAGAUUUCUCGUUUUCAAUGUUUUACAAGCCUUGCUAAUGGAGUAGUGAUGCUUACUUUGGUUGUACAGAUGUACAUUUGUAAACCUUCAUGCUGUAAAUGUAAUUUGUUUUACCCCUUUUGGGAAGAAAAUUUGCAUUUUAGUGUAUAUUCAUACCCCUGUCCCUUUUUGCCCUGACAUAGUGUUGUAUAAUGUAAAUUUAUUUCAGCAAAUCAAGACUGAUUUUUUAAAAAUUCUAUCUUUAUAUGGUUUCCGAAACACAAACCAGCUUUCUUUUAUCUAUUACGAGGAAUUUUUUUGCUUAUAACAUAGCUAUUCUGUUAAUAUGGACAUUGGGAAACUUAACCAGUUUAAUCAUUAAUGAGAAUAGAGACAAAUUAAUAGACUGAAAUCUGAUUACACAAACCAGUGCUUCUUCCAUCUUAAAUGUGGCACGAUUUGUUUUUGUACAGAAGAGUACUGUAUUUUUGAACAGCUUGUUUCAUCCUAAAGCAAAUAUGUAUGAUACUGUCAAUUUUUCUCUGAACAUGACACUGUAACAGUAACAUAAAAAGUGUACAUUUACAAGCGGCCUUAUGUACAUUUCCCAGUUUCCUUUUUAAGGCAGAAUUGUGACCAUAUGUGUAUAAUUAAAAUCCUUUUUAAUCCUUUGCCUAUGAAAAUAUUUUGGAAAGAAGCUUACUUUCUAUAUUCAGUUUCUGAAAGAUAAAAAUGCUUUGUAAGUUGUUCAAGUCAGUAUUUUGUGCAAACACUCAUUUUGAUGGAAUAACAUAAGUACUUAAGUCGAUUUUGAAGGUAGGAACUUGACAAUUGAUAUCCUGAACUUGUUGAAGGCUUUCAUGUCCAAAAUCACUGGAGUGUUGUAUGGUUUCCGGGCUGUAUGAUCUUCUCUGAAGAUGCCAGCAACAGAUGCAAAUGAAACAUCAGGAGAAAAUGCCGCUGGAACAUGACAAUACAGCCUGGAAACCACAGAACACUCCAAAUCUCCUGGAUGCAUUUUUUUAUUUUUUUUUGCGGGGGGAGACCUUAGGAGAGCAGCACAUUUAUGUGAAACAGUUACUCUUGCUGUAAAAUGAAAGUUUGCCUAUAGCAAAAACGCAGUUGUGUUAUACUGUUGAUCAUUUAACAGAAUAGCAGAGUCAUACAUAAAAAUAUUAAAUGUUAAUUGUCACAGCUGGCAUUUAUAAUACCAUUUUCCUUGUAUAAAUUAUGCAGUAGCUGUAUAAAAAGUUGAAUAAAUAUCAAAUUAAUAAUAUUUGUGUGAGAACAGUUUUCCAAUAGGAAUAGAAGCCUAACAAUUUUAAAAUUUCUAAACCAGAGAAUAUAGUUGUUCAGUUUUACUUGAAAGCUGGAGGAGAGGUAUAUUUCCUCUCUAGUGUAUAAUAUGAUAAUGUUUCCACAAUUUUCUAGAUCGGCCUUGAAAGGUUAAUUUCAUAUAUUAUAUUAAUGUUGGGAGUCUGUUCUAUAAUCUAGUAGUUUGCCUAAGUGAAUUAUUUGUCUUCUAAUAUAGUAUGCUCUUUUCUGUUAUCUGACCAACACUUUUUCUGUUUCGUUUUAUGAAAUAUACUUGCACAAUAGAAAUAUUAGGAAAACAGGAAUCCCUUUUCUCACAUCAUAUAUAUGGGAGACAUGCUACGUUUGGUCAAGAACGUCUUUGUUUUCCCUCCUCUUUCUUCAGUCAUUUCUCUGAUGUGGAUUUGGGCAUGGAACAUUUUGCCUAGUCUGUUUAGGUCUGUUCUGCCUCUAGGCCGCUCUUAGUUCAUAUUGAAUACUGUAAUGUUCACUUGUAUUAUGCUGUAAAAAAAAUGAAAAUGUGUGAAUAACUUUA